AUGGCUAAUGCUGUUGAUGCUCGCCAAAACCAUCUUUCAGAGCGUAGAAGGCGCCGUCGAGCCCGCCGCUUACUCAGGAUCAAUAUAGAUCCCUUUCAUAUUCCCGAUGCGGAAUUUAUAAAAACGUUUCGCCUUGGGAAAGAAACUGUUAGGGGGCUAGUGGAGGAGCUCACUCCACUGAUUCCCAAACCCCGUCGGAAUGAUGGAAUUUCGGCAGAAACUAAGAUUCUGGUAGCACUAGCGUUUUACGCAUCUGGGUGUUAUCAAACGUUGGUUGGGCAGAGUGCCCUCCAUAAUGUGGCACAGAAGACUGUUUCAAGAGCUGUGAGACAAGUGACGGAGGCACUUAAUAUAAUAUUUAGAAAAUAUGUGAAAUGGCCCACCCAGAGUGAUACCCGAAAUGCUAUUAAGGCUAAGUUUUAUCAGAAAUUUGAUUUCCCAGGAGUCCUAGGUUGCAUUGAUGGCACACAUGUGGCAAUAAUAAGACCAAAAGUGCAUGAAGAGCGGUAUUUUAACAGGAAAGGAUUCCACUCCCUAAAUGUUAUGAUAAUCUGCGACUCAGACCUUAAUAUAUUGUGCAUAGAUGCCAGCAACCCAGGCUCUGCUCAUGACUGCAGUGUGUGGCAAAGUCAUCCACUAAGUCAACAUUUAAUAGAAUUAAAUGAAAAUGGCAAUCAAGGUUUUUUAUUAGGUGACAGUGGUUAUCCUCUUAGGAAAACGAUGAUGACCCCAAUUUUGAAUACCAUAGAGGGGACACCACAGCACCGCUUUUAUGUGAAACAUGUCACUGCACGUAAUACAGUUGAGCGCUGUAUAGGUGUAUUGAAAGCACGUUUUAGAUGUUUGCUUGGAGCACGUGCUUUACAUUAUGAUCCUAUCUCUGCAGGCAAGAUUGUUAAUGCAUGUUGUGUUUUGCACAACAUAGCAAACAAAAUGAAAGCACCUGUGCCUCUGCUGACACCUGAGGAAACUCUUCUUCUGCAACAGGAUGAACAGAAUUCGAGAGCAGAGUUGGAAAGUUCUAUUGAAGGACUCAAUUCACAGAGACAUCAACGAGUGAAUCAGGGUCUUCUUGAAGGUCGGUCACUGCAGCAGGCUCUUGUCAACCAACUGUGGAGAAAUGCAUAAAUUAUUAGUAUGUUUAAAGGGUCAAAUCUCGUAUUUAGUCUUAUAAUUGUGUAUAAGAUUGAACAAGUAUAAAAAUGAUAUUUAACUUCAUAGCGAAAUAUUAUUAAUUGAUUGAAAUUGAUCUAAACCUAAUGAAAACAUUAUGUACACUU